AUGCUUCUGGACGAACAGCGUCAGAUCCACGAGGACCUAGAGCGCCUCGAAGAUGCCGUUGCCGAGCGCCUUCUGGAAGAUCCACCCCAUAUCCGCGACCGUCUAGCACGUGACCACGACAUUGGGCGAUUCCUCGAACAGAUAGAAACACAGUCCAGCCGGUUACUAGCCAUCUACGAAGAUGCCGAAGGCAAGAAAGAUGACGAGGUCCGCAACCUCACUCACGGCGACCCUAUGGAGUCUUUCAUGAAAGAGAUCGCGUCUGUUAAGGACUUCCACCGCCGAUACCCCAACGAACCCGUCGAGAACCUAGAGAAGGCAUACAAGAAGCGGUCGCCCGAGGACCAGGCACAGUCUAUUGCGGCCAUUGACUCCAUGUUUACUGGAGAGGAGGGCUUUGGGCGCUUUUUCGAUCUGACCACACUUCACGAACAAUAUCUGAAUUUGUCUGUCCACCAACACGCACGCCGCCUGACCUACCUACAGUACCUAGAUCUGUUCGACGUCUUCACUGGCCCACAAUGUAGCAUUCGGCGCGACCAGAAAAAGUCAGAGCCCUACUUCCAGUAUUUGAAGGCACUACAAGAGUACCUUGAGAGCUUUAUGCGCCGAACGAAACCUCUGGAGAACCUGGACAAGCUCUUUGCAAGCUUCGACAAGGAAUUCGACGAGUCGUGGGAGAAAGACCAGAUUCCAGGAUGGGAGAAGAACGUGCCAUCGUCAGCGCCGACAAAUGGCGAUGCGCCGGGCGAGGGCAUCUGGUGCGCUGCAUGCCAGAAAGGCUUCACAAAAGAGACGGUUUUCGAGGCACAUUUGACAGGAAAGAAGCACAAAAAGGCCGUGCAAGCGAGCGAGAGCAACACCACACCAGCACAGACAAACGGCGCAUCAUCAGACAUCCAGCGGUUCAAGGAGCGAGCGGUUGCCGAGCGAGAGUUCAAGAUCAAGAAGCUCGCUGCAGCCAUGCAGACAGAGCGUGGCGAUACCAAGGUCAACGUCGAGCGGAAGCAGGGCAUGACAGAGCGUGAAAGACAGCAAGAGUUGGAACAGUUGUACGCUGAGCAACCAGCAGAAGGCGCCAAGGACGAUGCGGAUGAUUCUGAUGAAGAGGACAAAAUUUACAACCCGCUGAAACUGCCGCUGGCCUGGGACGGCAAGCCUAUUCCUUUCUGGCUGUACAAGCUCCACGGCCUAGGUGUUGAAUUCCCCUGCGAGAUCUGUGGUAACUUCGUGUACAUGGGGCGGCGCGCUUUUGAUAAGCACUUCAACGAACCUCGCCAUAUCCACGGUCUCAAGUGUCUGGGUAUCACCAACACCACACUCUUCCGCGAGAUCACUAGCAUUCAAGAAGCUGAGGCGCUUUGGAAGAAGAUUCAAAAGGACAAGAAAAGAGAGAAGACAGCUGCCGAAAACGUGGUGGAGAUGGAGGACACAGAAGGCAACGUCAUGCCCGAAAAGGUCUACCGCGAUUUGGCUGCUGCUGGCAUGCUCUGA